AGCCCGGAACGUGCGCGCACCCAAACUCCUUGCGGGAGCGAGCGCGUCCGGGAGCCCACGGCCGGACGAGCCCCGGGUGAGACCCGCGGACCCGGCUGAGGGUGUAUUUUUAGGUAGUGUACUUGUGGAGAAGAAACAAUGGAUUCCUUGGAUCACAUGCUGACAGAUCCCUUAGAACUUGGUCCUUGUGGAGAUGGUCACAGUACAGGGAUCAUGGAGGACUGCCUUCUGGGUGGUACCAGGGUUAGUCUGCCUGAAGACCUGCUGGAGGACCCUGAGAUAUUCUUUGACGUCGUCAGCCUCUCCACGUGGCAGGAAGUACUAAGUGACUCUCAGCGUGAACAUCUCCAGCAGUUUCUGCCGCAGUUUCCUACAGACAGUGUAGAGCAGCAGAAUGAGCUCAUCCUUGCCCUAUUCAGUGGGGAGAACUUCCGCUUCGGAAACCCUCUGCACAUCGCCCAGAAGCUCUUCCGAGAUGGACACUUUAACCCUGAGGUGGUCAAGUAUCGGCAGCUCUGCUUCAAGUCACAGUACAAGCGGUAUCUCAGCUCCCAACAGCAGUAUUUCCACCGGCUGCUGAAACAGAUCCUUGCUUCCAGAAGUGAUCUCCUGGAGAUGGCUCGUACGAGCGGCCCAGCUCUUCCCUUUCGACACAAGCACCAUUCACCAUCCCGAAGCCCGGAGGAGCGGGAGUGGCGGACCCAGCAGCGUUACUUGAAAGUCUUGAGGGAAGUGAAGGAGGAGUGUGGCGACACUGCACUGUCCUCUGAUGAGGAGGAUCUCAGCUCAUGGCUUCCAAGCUCUCCAGCACGCUCUCCUAGUCCUGCGGUGCCCCUGAGGGUGGUGCCCACGCUUUCCACCACGGAUAUGAAAACUGCAGAUAAAAUAGAACUGGGGGACAGUGACCUGAAGUUAAUGUUAAAGAAACACCAUGAGAAGCGGAAACAUCAACCAGAUCACCCAGACCUUUUGACAGGGGAUCUGACGCUCAGCGACAUCAUGACUCGAGUAAAUGCCGGCAGGAAGGGCUCUCUAGCAGCUUUGUAUGAUUUGGCUGUUCUUAAAAAAAAGGUGAAGGAAAAGGAGGAGAAGAAAAAGAAGAAAAUAAAGUUGAUUAAAUCGGAGGCAGAGGAUCUGGCUGAGCCCCUAAGCAAUACUGAAGGGGUCCCAACGCUCUCCCAGGCCCCCUCUCCCCUGGCAAUAUCGUCUAUCAAGGAAGAACCCCUGGAAGACAUCAAGCCUUGCCUUGGAAUCAAUGAAAUAUCUUCUAGUUUUUUCUCUCUUCUGCUAGAGAUCUUGCUGCUGGAGAGUCAGGCUAGCCUUCCUAUGCUGGAGGACCGGGUUUUGGACUGGCAGUCUUCUCCAGCCAGCUCCCUCAACAGCUGGUUCUCUGCUGCCCCCAACUGGGCUGAGUUGGUGUUGCCUGCUCUGCAGUAUCUUGCUGGAGAAAGCCGAGCGGUUCCUUCCAGUUUUUCUCCAUUUGUUGAAUUCAAAGAGAAAACCCAGCAGUGGAAAUUGCUUGGUCAAUCUCAAGACAAUGAAAAGGAAUUAGCCGCUCUCUUCCACUUGUGGCUAGAAACCAAAGACCAGGCUUUCUGUAAGGAAAAUGAAGACAGCUCAGAUGCCAUGACACCUGUCCCUCGAGUAAGAACUGACUAUGUGGUUCGGCCUAGCACAGGAGAGGAGAAACGGGUUUUUCAAGAGCAGGAGCGUUACAGGUAUAGCCAACCCCAUAAGGCAUUCACCUUUCGCAUGCAUGGCUUUGAGUCUGUGGUGGGGCCAGUGAAGGGCGUGUUUGACAAGGAGACCUCCCUCAACAAGGCUCGUGAGCACUCACUGCUGCGCUCUGACCGGCCUGCCUAUGUCACCAUUCUGUCUCUUGUUCGGGAUGCUGCAGCUCGGCUGCCUAAUGGAGAAGGCACUCGGGCAGAGAUCUGUGAGCUGCUCAAGGACUCUCAGUUUCUUGCUCCUGAUGUCACCAGCACUCAGGUGAACACGGUAGUGAGUGGCGCACUGGACCGAUUGCAUUAUGAGAAGGACCCUUGUGUGAAAUACGACAUCGGUCGGAAGCUGUGGAUCUACCUGCACCGUGACCGGAGUGAGGAAGAGUUUGAACGGAUCCAUCAAGCUCAAGCAGCAGCAGCUAAAGCCAGAAAAGCUCUUCAGCAAAAACCCAAGCCGCCAUCCAAGGUGAAGUCCAGUAAUAAGGAGGGCUCCGUGAAGGGCCUUAGUGGUCCUUCUGAGCCCAGCCAGAUGAGCCUCAGUGACUCCAGCAUGCCACCUACCCCAGUUACGCCUGUAACCCCCACCACGCCAGCAUUGCCUACCCCUAUCUCUCCUCCACCCGUGUCAGCGGUGAGCAGAAGUGGCUCUACCACCGUCUCUGAGCCAGCCAAGUCUAGUUCUGGUGUUCUUCUGGUGUCCUCACCAACAAUGCCACAGCUGGGAACGAUGCUUUCCCCUGCUUCCGUCCAGGCUCCGCCCAGUUCUCAGGCCACUGCCCGGGUUGUCAGCCAUUCCAGCUCAGCAGGACUGCCCCAGGUUCGGGUAGUAGCCCAGCCCAGCCUUCCUGCUGUUUCCCAGCAGUCAGUAGGGCCAGCACAGCCACUACCCCAGAUGCCAGCAGGACCACAGAUCCGUGUGCCAGUCACCGCCACCCAAACCAAAGUAGUACCCCAGGCAGUUGUGGCUACAGUUCCAGUCAAGGGGCAGACUACAGCGGCCUCUGUGCAACGGCCUGGACCUGCACAGACAGGGCUUACAGUGACGAGUCUUCCUGCUGCAGUCAGCCCCGGGAGCAAGACAGCCAUGAGUUCUCCUGGGAGCUCUGCUCCAAGUGCCUCCACAACCGCCGUCAUUCAGAAUGUCACAGGACAGAACAUCAUCAAGCAGGUGUCAAUCACUGGACAGCUUGGUGUGAAGCCCCAGACAGGCAACAGCAUUCCACUCACAGCCACAAACUUCCGUAUCCAGGGUAAAGAUGUACUGCGCCUGCCGCCUUCUUCCAUCACCACAGAUGCCAAGGGCCAGACGGUUCUGAGAAUCACUCCAGACAUGAUGGCCACACUGGCCAAGUCUCAGGUUACCACAGUCAAGUUGACUCAGGACCUCUUUGGGGCAGGUAGCGGCACUGCAGGCAAAGGCAUCUCUGCUACCUUGCAUGUGACUUCCAACCCUGUCCAUGCGGCCGACAGCCCUGCCAAGGCCCCUUCAGCCAGUGUUCCUUCAUCAGCUCCAGCGGGCACUACCGUGGUCAAAGUAACUCCUGAUCUCAAGCCAACAGAAACCUCCAAUUCAGCUUUUCGCUUGAUGCCAGCUCUUGGCGUGAGUGUGGCAGAUCAGAAGGGGAAGAACACAGUGGCCUCUUCAGAAGCAAAACCUGCUGCCACAAUCCGCAUUGUGCAGGGGCUGGGAGUGAUGCCUCCUAAAGCAGGCCAGACCAUUACUGUUGCAGCACAUGCAAAGCAAGGAGCCUCUGUUGCUGGUGGGUCUGGAACUGUCCAUUCUUCAACUGUGUCCUUACCCAGUAUCAAUGCCACCGUGUCUAAGACUGUGGCUGUGGCUUCUGGAGCAACCAGCAGCCCCAUCAGCAUCGGGACUGGAGCCCCCACCGUGCGACAGGUCCCUGUUAACACCACAGUUGUGUCCACAUCCCAGGCUGGGAAGCUGCCUACCAGGAUCACAGUUCCUCUCUCUGUGAUUAGCCAGCCAAUGAAGGGCAAGAGCGUGGUCACAGCCCCCAUCAUCAAAGGCAACCUUGGAGCCAAUCUCAGUGGGCUGGGUCGCAACAUCAUCCUCACAACCAUGCCAGCAGGUGCUAAGCUCAUUGCUGGCAAUAAGCCAGUGAGUUUCCUCACCGCCCAGCAGUUGCAGCAGCUUCAGCAGCAAGGUCAGGCUACACAGGUACGCAUCCAGACUGUCCCAGCAUCCCAUCUGCAACAGGGCACAGCUUCUGGCUCCUCCAAAGCCGUGUCCACUGUUGUUGUGACCACAGCUCCAUCUCCUAAACAAGCACCUGAGCAGCAGUGACUGAGAAGAAAGGCGGCUUCUUUAAGAGACCAGGCCUGGUUUAUCUCGGCUGACAGAAAGGCAGCAGGGAGGCUGCACCAUUCUUCUGAGCUGUCCUGCUUGAGGCAGGGUGGUGGAGAGUGAUGGCAACUGUGGCCUAGAUUGUGCUGCCACACUCCAGAGUGAAGCCCUUCUUAGGGUUCCAGGGAUGAUCUGUCUAGUCCAGGAAGAGGGAAGGAACAUCAGAGUCUGGGGAGGUCACAGUCACACAAGCCAGGGUUACCUCCUGAAUGUUGGGUUCCCAGGGAGCAGGCCUGCCAGUUGGUGAGUGGACCGGCAGGGAAUAAGCCUCAUUCUGUGUGAGGACUUUACUUUUUAGUUUCUGAUCCUCUCCGUGACUUGUUGAGAUGUGAGUUUUGUGUCCAGAAAAUUUUUGUGUAACUUAUUUUUUUAAAGAACCUACUCUACGUCUUUUAUCAAAUAGAAACCUGGGCUUCAGUGCCCCUAAACUGAUCACUUACCCCUUCAACCAGAAUGAGAGCAUAGCAAGACUCUUAAUAGUUUGGCGGCUUACUUGAUAAUGGAGAGGUUAUAUAGUAAGAAAAUGUAGGCCUUGAGUUAGCAUGGACCCCCUCAAGUGGGACUAGUUCAAUGCCGUGUACUAAAUAUGGGCAUCUGAAUCUCGGUUGUCCCUGUAUCUUCUCUUGUGGGCAUUGUCCUUGACAAGCCUGUUCCAUGGAAGUUCAGAGCUGCUGGACAGGAGUAGGGGAAGAUGAGAUGCUGCUCUCACAGUGCACUUGCUUACAGCCCAGACAUUGCACAUUCUCCUUGCUGUAGAACAGCCAUUGCAAACCAGACCCUUGGAGCUGGCCACUUGAUUGGGACAGAGAAGAAAUGGGGAGGUUGGGGCAGGGGUAGGCACUGCCUGGCAGUGCCAUCUUGAGGGGAAAGGAUGUUUUUAUUCUGGCUAUUUCAUAUUUCUCAGCCACCAUCAGCCACAGACAGGGCUCGGAAGGGUACUUUACAAAGUCCAAGUACUUAAUGUACUAGGUGUAUCUUAACGCGUCUUGCUGUGGUGCAGGGGUGGGUGGGAAAACCUUUCUGCAGGGAUAGUGCUUCCCUGUCUCUUUGUGAAAAUAUCCAAAUUAUUAAAAACAUAUCUUUAAUUUCUGG